AUGAACCCGUCCAACGACGACAGAAACCUUCUCUUUUGGCCAAUAAAAAUCGACAACAACACGAUCGCCCUGCGCAGCGUGGGCAACAACAGGAUCUGCCAACUCCAUAACUGGGGCAACAUAAACCGGUGCCUGAACGCAGCGGUUGAGCUCGUGCUCAACAGAAGUAUCUACAACGUGAGGUAUCGGAUGGAGGACGCCAGGAUAUACGGGGAGACGCCAUAUGCGGCUGGGACCACCACUGCUUCCAACUUCUCAAAUCAAGACGCCGAGGUUGGCGUCCAGAUCACGUACGAAGAAUCCAGCAGUUACACCUUCAGCCGCAGCUUGUCUCUGACGGCGGGGGUGACCACCACUAUCUCGGCGGGGGUGCCUUUGGUCGCGGGAGGAAGCAUCGAAAUCUCGUAUCAGGUGAAUGCGGCGUUCGAGUGGGGAGAGUCUAGGACUAGGACGAAGACGGUCACGGCUACGGGGACGAUUCCUGUGCCGGCCAGGAGCGUGGCGUCGGUUCGAUACGUGGCGACCAUGGGGACCUGCGAUGUGCCCUACUCCUGA